AUGGGACAUCGCUCAUUUCUUGGAAAACGUAUCAGACCUCAAGUUUUGAAACCCUCUGAGAAUUACGACCGUUCCCCUCAUCCGAACGCUCGAAAUUACGCAGUAGAAAUGGCUCCUGUCAAUGGCAAUGUUCAAUUGAGCGAAAGCCAGAAUGAGCUUGCCAGAAAGAAAAGAGAGGAGUUCACUAAUGAGGUCUCUAGGAGAAUGGGUGAUUUGUUGCUUAGAUCUUGGACUAUGUUGGAUUGUUACUGUACACAAUGCAACGGUAUCUUGAUGGAGAAAGGAGAGACAAGAGAAUGCAUUCAAUGCACUGUAUUUGCAGAGCUACAACAGGUUGAGCCAGGAAGUGCUCGAACAACAGCAGAAAUCGGUUAG